GAGGCCGAAGAGAAUUUGGGGAAAUCUUGAGAGGGAGGGAGAGAGAGAGAGAGAGAGAGAGAGAGAGGGAGAGAGAGUUUGAUCGAGAUCUGUAAGUUCUUAGUAAAGCAAGCUUGAGAAGAACCGGAAAUGGCAAAGAAGGAACUCGUCCAGGAACCAAAGUUCAAAUGCUUCUGCAGGCGUGAGUUUGCAACACAGGAAGGUCUCGAUGGACACGUCGACUCCAGUGAACCUUGCAAAGCCUAUCGUGAUAAGGGACACGGCCAAUUCAAAAGAAAGGCUGGUCUGGGUCUCGAGAGGAAGUUUAGGUUGAUCACAAUACAACUGAGGAAUGCCAAGGAGAAGGCAGAGGCUGCUGAAACUGGAGGAAAUUCGAAUGCCAAGAAGAAAGGGGGGAAGGCAGAGGCUGCUGAAACUGGAGGAAAUUCGAAUGCCAAGAAGAAAGGGGGGAAGGGGAAGGGAAAGGGAAAGGGAAAGGGGGAGGCCGGCCGCUGA